AAGGCGGCUUGGUUGCCGAAGGUGUCUACAAAGCUCUCUCACUUGUGCUCAGGCUCGCCGGACCACCCACAUGCAUCAAUGUGCUGGAGAGCUCUCGGAAGCCGCCGGGGAGGGAGAGCUAGCGAGCUGGGAGAAAGAAAGGAAAGGGAAAAAAAAGUUUCGGCGAGGCGGGCGCCAUUGCGGACACGAUAGAAGGGAAAAAAUUGGAAUUGCGGGACAAAGGAAUCUCAAGACGGCUGCGGGUCCGUCUUUUCUUGCCGUGUUUCUUUCUUAGGUGGCGACUGUAUUUUAGACAUGAAACGCACAGAAAAGCGGCGGAGUGUGCAGGCAAAGGAGCUGUUCUCAGACAUGUACCCUCCUUUACUCAGCGCUACGUUUUCGCAAUGAAUGCCAGCAGCAAUGGACCAUCCCCAGGAAAUGUCACCUCUGGGGAGGAGGGUGCCGUCAUUGUGGCCGAGUCAAUCCUUAUCAUUGUCAUUGCUCUUCUUAUUUGCCUGGGCAAUCUGGUAAUUGUUGUGACCCUGUACAAGAAGUCUUACCUUCUGACCCCCAGCAAUAAGUUUGUCUUCAGCCUGACUCUUUCCAACCUUCUCUUGUCACUGUUGGUGCUGCCGUUUGUCAUCGCCAGCUCAGUGUGCCGUGAGUGGCUAUUUGGUGUGGUCUGGUGCAACUUCACCGCUUUGUUAUAUUUGCUCAUCAGCUCUGCAAGCAUGCUGACCCUUGGUACCAUUGCAAUUGAUAGGUACUAUGCCGUUCUAUAUCCCAUGGUUUACCCAAUGAAGAUCACUGGAAACAGAGUUGUGGUAGCCAUUGUCUACAUUUGGCUACACUCUCUUAUUGGUUGUCUUCCUCCUCUUUUUGGAUGGUCCACAUUUGAAUUUGACCACUUUAAAUGGACAUGUACUGCUGCUUGGUACAAAGAUGUGAGCUACACUGCCUUUUGGAUUAUCUGGUGUGCUCUGCUGCCUUUCUUUGUAAUGCUGGUUUGCUAUGGCUUUAUUUUCCGGAUAGCUCGGAUCAAAGCCCGUAAAAUUCACUGUGGAACAGUGGUUAUUGCUCAAGAGGAAACAACCUCACAGAAGAAUGGUCGUAAGAACUCUAAUACAUCUACCUCCUCCAAUGGCAGCCGGAAAAGUUCAUUUCCUGGUAUUGUCUACUCUGCUAACCAAUGCAAGGCCUUCAUCACUAUUUUGGUGGUAAUUGGCACUUUUGCUCUUACAUGGGGACCAUAUGUGGCAGUUAUUAGUACGGAAGCUUUGUGGGGCAAGGGAAGUGUGUCACCUGGACUCGAAACCCUGGCAUCAUGGCUAUCAUUCACUAGUGCAGUGUGUCAUCCUCUCAUUUAUGGCUUGUGGAACAAGACUGUACGAAAGGAACUGUUGGGAAUGUGCUUUGGAGAUCGCUACUACAGGGAGUCAUUCAUCACUCGCCACAGAACCUCACGGCUCUUUAGUAUCUCCAAUCGAAUCACUGACCUGGGUCUUUCGCCCCACUUGACUGCAAUGAUUGCUGGAGGAGGGCAACUUCUGGGAAACAGCAGUAGUACUGGUGACACAGGGGUCAGUUUUUCUCAAGACUCAGGCACAGACGUCAUGCUGCUGGAUGACACUUCUGACGGAGGAAAUCCUUCACACCAAGCAGGCUGGUCACACAAACGAAGAAGUUCUGUCACUUUUGAAGAUGAGGUGGAACAGAACUGCAAAGAAUACCAUUCCCCAGUACAAGUAGCAGCCGAGGUCCACAUCUCUCUGGACAGCUAUGCUUCGUGCUUAGCAAAGGUCAUUGAGACGGAUGCCAAAUUUGCUCUUUUUGGAAAUAAAGGGACAGACAGCCUGCUUACUGGCCGGGCAGUGCAAGGAAACACUCAGCGAGGACCCAGGUACCUCAAUGGACAGCGACUGAGGCUGGAAAGCAUCGAUGAAGGAAUUGUUUAUGAUGGGAAUGAGGACGAUGAGGAAGAGAUGAAUGAAUUUUCACUUUAAAAAUCAAAGCUUCUCCUCCACCUCAGCCACAUCUUCAGUUUGGGCAACCAAGUGCCUAAAAAUUCCAGCGUAAGCUUUCUGCCAAUAAGAUUACUAGUAUGUGUAAAUAAACAAAAUAAGGGACCCGGCUUGCAAGGAACGCCAACUUUAUUACUAGUGUGCUGUGGCCGUAGUCUCGACUGUGAUCAGAUCUGUUGCAGAAUUCAGAAACACUGUAACCACACUUUGUAUACUUACAGUAUGUGUUUAUAUUUAUUAGAUAUACUCAGUGCUGCAUUUCAUUAUACUUUGGUGACAAAUGUUAUUUGUGUGCUUGUGAUAAAAUGAGAGCUGAGCUCGAUAUACACUUGAAGAGGGCAUUAGGCAGAAUUGGAAAAAUGAGCUCUGGUUUCAAGUUUAAAAAAAAAAGAAUCAAAAGUUCCCAGUAAGCUGUACACUUGAACUUGCAGAAUUCCAGAAACGUGUUGAACAGUGUGACUCUACGUCUCGAAAAAUGAAGUGAAUUAUGAAAUAGUGCCUCAGAAUGUGAGAGUAAAGUAACUGACUUUAAAGUAUUCUACUGCCAUACGACUAUAAUGUGUAUUGUGUUCUGUUUUACUGAGAGGUUACUGCUGUGUAUGAAAUAAAAGCCGCCUUAAUGCAGUAAAAUGA